UGUUCCAGUAACAAUUAAAUACUUUUUUUAAUGACAAUUGCUUCUGAUAAUGUUUUAUUUAAUUAUUCUACAGGAAGUACACUAGAAACAGAUAGUUCCAAAACCAGCUGUAAUAAUCCAGUCCUUCCUGCGCCACCACAACCUCCAAAGAGGUCGAGUUCUAAAACACAGAAAUCAAAUGGGGUAGCAAAUCAAAGAAAGGCACCUCAAAGGAUUUCUUCUUCAAAGAGUCCCUCACCAGCAAGAUCCUCUAGAUCCAGGGAAAACAGUCGUCGUCAAACAUUCACGCCGUUGAGCAGAUCCAGAUCUAGAUCCAGGGGACACAGUCGUCGUCAACCAUUCUCACAGUUGAGCGGAUCUAGAUCCAGAGAAAACAGAUUUGGCCAAUACUCAAGUUCCAGAGAAAAUAAUCGUCGUCAAUGCUCAAAUUCCAGCAGAAACAGUCAUCGCAAUGUAUCAACCUUAUCACAGUUGAGCAGAUCUAGAUCUAGAUCCAGAGAAAACAGUCAUCGUCCAUCCUCCAGAUCCAGAGAAAACAGUCAUCAUAGAACGACCUCACAGUUGAGCAGAUCCACCUCCAGCUCUGCAUAUCCAAUGUCGGAAGAAAGAUUUCAAAGACGGGUUAUAUACCUCUUAACAGAAAUUCGCGACAAUGUUAAAAAGGGAAAUCCCUUUAACAGCAUUGUUCAAAGUGGAUCGGAUGAUAACACACUGGACCAAAAUCUAACACUUGAAGACUUCAAGGAUUUUAACUUGUCGUUGAAUGUCAAAAAGGAUUAUGACAUUUGUAAAAGUAUUGUUGCACAAAUUGGUGGCAAUGACUACAAGGACCACAUCAAAAAGGCCAUGCAAAGGUGUAUGACGAACAAAGUAAUGUCAUAUAUGAAUAUCUCUGGGAAGAAAAACAAAUAUGCAUUUGGAGGGUCAAAUUACUUCAAAUUAGUCAAAGAAGUCAUGAUGAGAAAUUACAAUGUCACAGAAAACCAGGUGGUUGAGGCCACGGCGAAUUAUUUGAAGUGGGCUCCAGAAAGGAAGGACGGUGGUGGCCGGAAAAAAUGACUCUAUGAUAGAACUUUUAUUUUUAGUGAUGAAAUUUCUAAUUAAUCACAAUUAUGAAUGGAAUUAAAAUGAUUUAAAUUUAUACCAGGGAUUUAUUCUUUAUUUAAUACAUGGUCCAAUAUUAUCAUUAAAAACAUGUACUAUUUAUGUAAC